AUGACGUAGUACGUUUACUCUUGCAUUACGCCACUGAUCUUCAUUUAAAAGAUCAACAUGGACGGACAGUAUUGCGCUUGUUAGAAGAACUGGACACGAAGAUUGCCAAGAAAACUUUACAAAUUAUUCAAGAUCACACUACGCUAGUCGCCACAGAUGAUCAAGUUUCAGAAUCUCCAUGUUCACUCUCACCCCCACCUGGUUUUAUGUCUGGGAUUUAUGCCAACUUUCUCCAACCAGAAAGGAUAUCUUCGCCUUCACAGAGCUGCUCUCCAUUAUCUGAAAUUAAUUUUUACGAAGUUCCAUCACCGCCCAAGGCUGUGGGUGAGAGGUGGUCAGUCACUAGUGACCAGAAUCUAACACCACCAUUUUCUAAGUCCUAUGAUUCGGAUUUGUACCACACGCCCCCUAGCAGUGGCAGAAGUGACCAGAAUCUAACACCACCAUUUUCUAAGUCCCAUGAUUCGGAUUUGUACCACAUGCCCCCUAGUAGUGGCAGAAGUGACCAGAAUCUAACACCACCAUUUUCUAAAUCCCAUGAUUCGGAUUUGUACAACACGCCCCCUAGUAGCGGCAGAAGCUCGUCGUCACCCUACGAAACACCACCACCACACAGAGAAAUAGAUACUUUUUCAAAAAGUACUACUCACCAGUCAACUCCGGAACCUGGUGAAUCUCCAGUUCAACCGACAAGAUUCUUUCCAUCGUCUAAUUCCGAACCGGUUUGGUACGAGAUUCCGUCACCAGGGAAUAAAUAUUGUGAUCCAACCAAAAAUAAUUCUUCUACGUGCCAGGAGUCCAAACUAGGAGAUGAAGAUUCAGUUGGAACAUUCUCAUGUACAGCUACAAGCACAAGUAACUACAUCCCAAUGACUCAACUAAAGGAAGCAGGCGGAAGUAUGAAACUCCAACCUCCUGCCAAGCCCCCAAGACGGCCAACAGUAACAACAAUUUCACCAAGUAAUAAACUUCACAGGACUGGUUCUGAUUCAAUUUAUGAAUACCUCUGUCUAGCCACAAGCGGCAGAGAAUUCGCCCACCCUGCCAGAGGAGGUGAAGAAUAUGUCGAUAUGAAGCUCAGAAACAGUAUAGCAGAAAACUAUGAAAACACUAAUACAGUUCUAGCAGACUCUACUGAUGGCGCAAGCGAUGACAAAGUAGUCAAUCUGGAGAACCCACAAAAUACAGAAAAAUGUGUAAGUGACGUGUCUAAUGUGAACAGUUUAUCUGAAAUGUAUGUUAAUAUACCGUUUGUGACCGAUCGAGGAAGGUUCGAGAGUGCAACUACCUUACGCAAAUAUAAGAUGUUUACUUCUUCUUACGAAAAUUUGCCUCCAUCAAUCAGUGCAAAAGCCAAACCCAAUUCUCAUGACUUCCGUCGUAAAAGAACUACGGUGCAAAUUCCACUAAAUCCCACAAAUUACGCUCUUCCUCCAACUUCGGAUUUUUCUCGUCAUUCAUCACCCACUGCCAAACUUAGAAUCCACGAGAAGAUGAGACCCUUGAGUCAAGAUGAAUUAAGUGAUAGACCACCUGAAGCUAACGAGGAGUAUCAAAGUACCAAAUGUGGAUUGUUUGGUAUUGACACAGAUAAUGAAAUAGUUACCACUUUUGACACUGAAAAACAUACAGGAGUAGCACUGGAAGUUGACAAGAAACCUGUUUCAGCAGACAACAUUGAAGAGAUUAUCGAUGAUGACCCUUUUGCAGGACUUUUUCGUGGUUCUCUGUGUCCUACGAAUUGCAGUGAUGAUUUCAAAAUUUCAUUUCAUGUAAGCAACACUCAAUUAACACCCCCACCUCCUCCUCCCAGAAGAACAGCUAUUUCUCGACGGUCUCGAAAUAUUUAUGAAAACGUUGGAAUUAAAAUGGAGAGUGGGGGUAGGAGUAGACCUAACUUGCAGGAUCCUUCUGAAGGGGGAAGAGAUGAUAACCGCAACAGCUUGUCCGUAAUGAGCCCUUUUGAUGAAAAUGCUGAAUGGGCUGAAAUAGCAGAUAUUAUGGCUUCUUUUGGAAGUGGAAUUGCUCGAGAAUCAGUAUUUUCCAAUGAAAUGGAAGAACACUUUACUAAUGUGCUGACUUUAGAAGCUUCAAAAAAAGUAGAAGAGAAAAAAUUCAAAACCGUUGAAGAGUGGUUAAGCCAUCUUAGACUGUCCGAUUAUGAGAACCUUUUCUUGAUCAAUGGAUUUGAUGACAUUGAAUUUUUGGGUGGAAACAUUCUAGAAGAUCAAGACCUUCAAGAAAUUGGCAUUUCGAAUGAAGAGCAUAGAGAGAGAAUUUUGAACUUCAGUAAGAAGUUACAACCUAUUCAACCAAUAGGAAAAGAUGAAGGAAAAAUAAGAAUGCCAGAAUCCGUCAAUCAUUGGCUAAAAUUACUGCAUCUUGAGGAGUACCAAGACACUUUCCAAAAGAAUGGUUUCACAAAUAUGGACCGAGUAAUGAAGAUAUGGGAAGUGGAAUUGAAUACGGUAUUAGAAAUAAAAAAACUUGGUCAUCAGAAGAGAAUAUUAGCAUCACUUGGAGAACGAACACCAGAGCAAUAUAUGGGCAACUUAGAAGAUUUUGACUUAUCAAAAUUGAAUUCAAAGCUUAGUGAACUAGGUAUCGAAGAAGCACCUUCUACCGAAGUUUGCAAAGAAGAUGCGGGACUGUUUAAAGACUACACUAAUGUUACAUCUACAAGAAGAGAAAAUAAAGGCUCACAGUCAUUAACACAAACAUUAAGUGGGGAUAAAGGAGAACUGAGAAUUAGGCCACCUACACAGUUAAUGAGUGAACAAGAAUAUGUAGAGACAUCUUCAUCUCGUCAACAGAUUAGUGGAGUACCUGCAUGCUUAACAGCACAGUGGUGUCACCAACCUGAUGCCCUAAUUAAAGGACAUUGCAUCUAUAAAGCACAGUAUUUAGGUUCAACACUGAUAAAGGAACUGAAAGGUUUAGAAUCAACACGGAAAUCAAUACAAAAACUUAAAGUUUCUACGAAACAGAUAGAAAAGGUCCCCAAUAUACUUCUGUCCAUCUCAUACACUGGUGUAAAAUUUAUUGAUGCAGAAACUGAGCAUAAGGUGUGUGAACAUGAAAUCCGAAACAUUCAUUGUGCGUGUCAGGAUGCUGAAGAUCUCAACCAUUUUGCAUACAUUACCAAAGAACACCAGACAAAUUACCAUUAUUGUCAUGUAUUCUGUGCUGAGAGCAUCGACCUUGCAACAGAAAUAAUACUAACCUUAGGACAAGCCUUUGAGGUUGCUUAUCAAAUAGCUUUACGAGACAAAGGUGCCAAGUCUUCUAAAUCAACUCAAAAAUUAAAACAAUUUUUGAACAAAUGUGAUGACCGGAAGCUAUCUGAGAAAGGAAACAGUGACACUCCUCCUGUUGUCAAAAGCCUAGUCCAACCAGAUGCUAGUGUCAGUGAAGAAGAAGAACUGAAAAUUUCUAAGCAGAUCUCAUGACAAAACUGUCCCUAAUUCUUCCUGUAUGAUGAUAUGUAUAUGUCUGAAAAAGUUCGUGUUAAUUAUGUGUACUGUCUGUGGAUUCAACCUUGCUAGUUGCCCUAAAUAUUGUUUUCUUUCAGCUUUACCUCUACAUAAGAUUAUUUUACAGGUUGUAACAAUGUUGAUGAAACUGAGUUGAGUGGACGGCAACCACCUGUUGUAGAAAUACUUGUGUUUUUACAACAGGCAGUUGCUGUCCAUUCAUCUAACUAUCAUCGUGAAUACUCUGUCUAAACAAUCUAUCAAAGAAUAGCAACUGUUUUACUGUUAAGCUAAAUUUCAAGUUUAUGCAUUUAAUGUGCAGUAGGUGUGAAUUUUAUUUCUGGGUGUCUACAGCUUAGUUUCCCCGUUUAUUGAAGGUUCCCGAAGAAGGCAAUUUUUCUUCUAAAUUGGUGGUAUCAAAUUUUAACUUCUAAUUUUAAGUAAUUAUCCAUAUAGGAAAUGAGUGAAUAUAUUACUUUCUGUGGGGUUUAGCUUCUGUAAUUUUAGAGCACAAACCUGUAUACAUAGUUGAUAAAAAAAUAUCCACAUUUCAAGAGUUGUUUCAAUAUGUAAAACUAACAUGAUAAUGUUUUGAAAACUUUAUAAAGACAGUUACUACUCAACAUGAAAGAUAUAUUAUCAUUUAGUAGAAAAGUUCAAAUUAUGUAAUCCAUUGAAACGUUAUUGAAUUAAAUAGGUACUUAUAAUUACUGGUUCUUAACUCUUAAGUAGGUUGUACAACCAGGGAAGAAUGGGCAAUAGAGUGCAGUUGAAUUAUUCAUAUAAUUCAGAUCUGAGCAUCCAUAUCAUUUGAUAAUUAAGAUUUGCAUCACGUAAACCCAUUGGAGAUUCAAUCCUCUUCUGGUGCUAAUCUUUUUUUAUUCAUUUGAUAAUUAAGAUUUGCAUCAUGUAAACCCAUUGGAGAUUCAAUCCUCUUCUGAUGCUAAUCUUUUUUAUUCAUUUGAUAAUUAAGAGUUGCAUCAUGUAAACCCAUUGAAGAUUCAAUCCUCUUCUGGUGCUAAUCUUUUUUAUUCAUUUGAUAAUUAAGAGUUGCAUCAUGUAAACCCAUUGAAGAUGUAAUCCUCUUCUGGUGCUUAUCUUCUUUAUUAUUAUUUUGACUUGGGUUUUUUUUUCUAUUACUAAUAUCUGGUUGUUUUUUGGAUAACACCCACUUAUUUUAAUUUUGUCAAAUCCAAUGUAGCCAUUUUGUACCUUAACCCAUUGACUGCUAAUUCGCCAUACUGGGUACGUCCACCUCUGGCAGUUGAAUGUGAGUGUGCUGUAUACGAUGUGAAAACUCUGCAUGCUUUUAAAGCAGCUGCAGUCAAAGUGUUAAAAAAAAAUCUGUUCUCCCACACAUAUACUUUAAUAAACUUAAAAUUUCAGCCAAUUUUUGAUAAAUAUAUCUGAAUUUUCUGUUAUAACCUUUAUAUAAAAAUCUUGUUUAAUUACAGUUUUAUUUAAAGAAUGCUCUUGUCAACUGUCCUGUGUGUACUUAAUUAUGUAUAGAACCAUAUAAGACAGAAUUCUGUGGUAUAAACAGAGUAUGGAAAACUGAUGUUAUCAUCCUCACACGAUAAAAUCCCAGGAUGCUGUAUUCCUUAGUAGUUACCAUGAUAAAUUCGUCAUUAACUGCUUAAAAUAGUAAAAAGCUAAACAAAUUCUAGUUAGUUUUAAAUACAUAGUUCAGACUAUUUUUUGUUAGUUCCUGAUUUAAUGGUAUAAGUCAUGUUUGAUGCGUUUCAGAGUGAAAUGUUUUAUAAAAAUUGUGACCUUAUUUAAGUCUGAAGUGUAGAAAAAAAAACGGAGAUGUUAGAUUUUUGAUAAGUGUUGUAGAGCUGAAAACAAGUUACGUAAAGUAUGACUCACUGAUGGUUAUUUAUUUUUGUUUAUAAAUUCAUUAUAUUGUUGAUUAGAUAAUAAAAGUAUUUAAAGUGAAACAUUUUUAUCCCAGGUUCUUAUGUUAUUUUCUCAACAAUGGGUUCUUCAGGUAUUGGUAUUUGUUCUGUUCUUUCAAAGCAAAAUCAUAAUCACAGAGGCGUCGCUAGGCACUGGUAAAUGUGACCCAUGCACCGAAUCCCCAGUUCGUGCCUUGAAAAAUCAGAACAGAAAACUAUGAUUGAUAUCACACACA